CUUAUAAUAAACAAAGAAGCCCUACUAUACUUGUCAAAUUCAUCUCAAUAAUCCAUUCACAUUCCGUUCCCCCCUGUUUGCAUACAUCAAAGGCACCAAUUUAGGUCCAAAAUUCAAAAUUAAAAAAAAACAAAUAUGUCCGAUAUCAAUUUGACUGCCUAUAACGUCUUUCGCCGCGAUCUGGCCAAAAUAUUCAAGACAUUCAACUCGUAUACUCAAACCGAUUUUACUGGGGAAAUUGGCACCAGCACAGACUUCGAUUGCAAAGCUGAUUUGGAAACAAAUCUUUCCCAACUUUACGAUCUUGAUUUGGAUUAGGUGCAUGAGGUAGAAGAGGUUUAUCCGAUUGUGAUGGAAUCCAGAGUUAAGGAAAGUAGCCUGGAACGAUCGCACUCCAAGAUCACUACGGAAUCCAGCAGAACAAGACAUCUGGGAUCGCCAAAAUCGCGAUUUCCGGAUAACGAAUAAGUAGUCAAUCAGGCGAUGACCUCAUGAUGUUUAGAAUCGCGAUCUUCAUCUGAAUCGGAUGAAUCCGAGUCCCAAAAAUCAGGUUACACCACGGAGAGUGGCUACCAAAGAGUAUCUGUAUACGAGCUCCUUUUACAAAUUAGUUUGCAUGCCAGCAUCCCGUAUCCUUAC